AUGGAAGAAAGAGGAUGCGAGCCUAACAUAGUUUCAUAUAGCACCAUCAUUGACAGUCUUUGCAAGGAUACACUAAUUGAUCAAGCAUUGACCCUCUUCUCAGAAAUGAUUAGUAGAGGUAUUGCUCCAAACGUUGUUACUUACACCUCUUUGAUUCAAGGAGUUUGCAAUAUAGGCCAGUGGAAACAAGCUACAAGGUUGCUUGAUGAAAUGUUGAAUAAAGGUAUCUUUCCAAAUCUCUUCACCUUCAAUGUCUUGGUUGAUACAUUCUGUAAGGAAGGGAUGGUUGUGGAAGCCAAAACUGUGGUUGACAUGAUGAUUCAAAGAGGUAUUGAGCCUGAUACGAUUACAUACAGUUCCCUUAUGGAUGGUUACUGUUUGCGAGGAGAAAUGGACUAG